AUGAACCCUUACCCACAAAAGAAAGUUAUCACAUUCAACAAACACACGGACGAUUUCAGUUUUAACGUCAAUUACGCCGAGUUAGACCAUAUUCCGUCAAGCGAACUGAUGAGCAUUGGAUCUUUAAAUUUAACACAAGUAGUGUUAUCUGGAGUUAGUGAGGCCUUAGCAAAGAAUUCAGGAGAAAAUAUUGAACACAAAGGCAUUAAAGCACACUUCAACAUGGACGAUUCUGGUCUUCUCCAUUUAGUUAAUGUGGAAUUUGUCGCUGAAAAGACAGUCACUGAUGAGGACGAAGACAAAGAUAGCACCUUGUCGAAAAUAGGUAGCACUAUCAGCAAAUUGUUCAGUUCAGACUCUGAAUUACCUGAUAAACCAGAAGAGAAGGCAGAAGAAAAACCAAAAGAGACUGUGAAGAAUGAAACUACCAAAAAUGAUACAACUACGGAAAAACAAAACGCAACUGAGCCUGAAACUAAGCCAAAGCCUAAGAUAGUUGUAUUAAAAGAACCAAUUCAAACAGAUGAACAGAUAUUAACACUUUUACCACUAACUCCAGAAGAAUUCAAAGCCUCUAAAACAAAGAUAAUCCAAUUAAAUAAUAUUGAUAAGAAACGAGUGGAGAGGGAGACGGCGUUGAACAAUCUAGAAGCUUUCGUAGUUGAUGCCCAAAUGAAAAUGAACAUGGAUGAAUAUGCUGAAUGUGGUACACCGGAGCAAAUUGAGGAGAUCAUAAAGAUUUGCUCUGAAAUAUCCGACUGGCUCUAUGAAGAUGGUUAUGAUGCAGAGACAGAAAUGUAUGAAGAGAAAUUGAAGUUGCUCAAAGAAAAGUCUAACCCUAUAUUUUACAAACACUGGGAGCAUAAAGAACGACCAGACGCUAUAAAUGCAGUACGAAACCUACUCAAUAGUUCCCGAGAGUUCCUAAAAAUGUCCAAAAACUUCACUAAAGAAGCAAAUUCUGAAAGAGAUGUUUUUACUGAAGUGGAAAUAACUGUUCUCGAAAAGAAAAUUGAGGAAACCCAAUUGUGGUUAGAUAAGUCUAUUGAAGAGCAGAAUGAAUUGAAAAAGAAUGAAGACAUCAAACUUACAGUGGAAAGUAUCAGGGAAAAAAUAACGAAUUUGGAUAGAGAGGUUAAAUAUUUGCUAAAUAAAAUGAAAAUUUGGAAGCCCAAGAAGCCGGCUAAGAAAGAAGAAAACAAAACGGAAACUAUAGAAGCAAAGGAAGAAGUGAAGCCUGUCACUGAAGAAGUUGAAGAAGAGAAUGAGAAUGGAAAGGCUGAAGCUGUUGAAACUGAAGAAACAACAGAAAUACCACAGCUAGAAGAAAAUGUUGAACAUUCCGAAUUA